UUUCACACGGACCCGGAAGUUGGAGCGCGCGGAGCCGAGGUCCCCCAGCGGCGCCUAAUGUUCCUUCCUCAAGCCGAGGUCCCCGAGCGGCGCCUAAUGUUCCUUCCUUAGGCGUAAGGAAGGCGUUCCUUCCAGGACCUCUGAAGACUUGUGUUGCCUGAGGAAGCCCUGAAGUUGAGGAAGAGGAAAGAAAAGGAGUCAGGCAUGGCUCUUUCUCAGGAGCAACUAACCUCUGAGGAUGUGGCCAUUGAAUUCACGCAGGAGGAGUGGGAAUUCCUGGACCCUGCUCAGAGGGCCUUGUACAGGGAUGUGAUGCUGGAGACCUACAGGAACCUGCUGUCUGUGGAUAUCUCUCCUACACAUUUACAACCCAAAGUGAACAGUGAUAAACGAGAGCCACUCCAAACAUUGAUGCUGGGAAGACCUGAAAGCUAUGAAAUCAAACAUUUUCAUCUUUGGGAAACUCAGGAAAAUAUGUGUGACUUUGAGUGUCAGGGGAGAGAUGACAAAAGAAAUUACAAAGGAACACCUGUAAGCCUUGAUGGAAAUGUGCCUGAUGGAAGAGAUUCACAUGAUAGAAAGGAUGCAGGAAUCACGCUCUUUGGAAACAGGCUUGGGUUUAACUUUCAGGAUAAACUGCAGAUACUUCAAACUGGUGGGAUAACUUCUGAAUAUAACGAAGUUGAGAGGUCUGUCAACAACAGUUUGUCACUUUCACCACUUCAAAGAAGUCCUCCUUGUGUCCAAACCAGUGUUUCUAAUAUAUAUGGGGAUGAUUUUAUGAAUCCUUCAGUAAUAACACAAGACCUCAAAGCACACAGGGUAAAACCUUACAAAUGUGAUGAGUGUGGGAAAGCCUGUCUUAAGGGCUCAUGCCUCAUUAAACAUCAGGCCAUCCAUAUAAGAGAGAAAUCACAUAAAUAUGAAGUAUGUGACAAAUUGUUUGAUCAAAGUUCACAGCUUGCACAUCAUUUGAAAAUUCAUUCUGAAGUGAAAUGUUACAAAUGUAAUGAGUGUGGCAAAACCUUUAAUGAUAGCUCCACCCUUGCUAGACAUCAGAUAAUCCACUCAGGAGCAAACUUACAUAAGUGUGAUGUAUGUGAUAAAAUCUUUGGUCAGAAUUCAUUCCUUGUAAGUCAUCGGACUAUCCCUGCAAGAAAGAGAAGUUGCCAAUGUAAUCAGUGUGGCAAAACCUUUGCUGACAGCUCAAAGCUCAGGAGACAUCAGAAAAUUCAUACAGGAGAGAAAUUAUUUAAAUGUGAUAUAUGUGACAAAGUCUUCAGCCAAAAUGCAUACCUUGCUGUUCAUCAGAGGGUUCAUACUGGAGAGAAACCUUACAAAUGUAAUGUGUGUGGCAAGCACUAUAGUCACUCUUCACAGUUCAGAAGGCAUAAGAGAUUUCAUACUGGAGAGAGACCUUACAAAUGUGAUGAGUGUGGAAAGACCUAUCGUGUAAAGUCAGUCCUUUUAAGUCAUCAGACCGUUCAUACUGGAGAGAAGCCUUACAAUUGUGAUGAGUGUGGUAAGGCCUUUCGUGUGAAGUCAGUCCUUUUAAGGCAUCAGACAGUUCAUACCGGUGAGAAACCUUACAAAUGUGAUGAGUGUGGCAAGGCUUUUUGUGUAAAGUCAGUCCUUUUAAAUCAUCAGACAGUUCAUACUGGUGAGAAACCUUACAAAUGUGAUGAGUGUGGCAAGGCUUUUCGUGUAAAGUCAGUCCUUUUAAGUCAUCAGACAGUGCAUACUGGUGAGAAACCUUACAGAUGUGAUGAGUGUGGCAAGACCUUUACUUCCAGCUCACACCUCAGGAGACAUGAGAAAAUUCAUACAGGAAAGAAAUUAUUUACAUGUGAUAUAUGUGACAAAGUCUUUAGCCGAAGUGAUCACCUUGCUGGUCAUCAACGGGUUCAUUCUGGAGAGAAACCUUGCAAAUAUAAUGAGUGUGGCAAGCACUUUAGUCAACCUUCACAGUUCAUAAGUCAUAAGACAUUUCAUACUGGAGAGAAACCUUACAAGUGUGAUGAGUGUGGAAAGGCCUUUCAUGUAAAGUCAACCCUUUUAAGGCAUCAGACAGUUCAUACUGGAGAAAAACCUUACAAAUGUGAUGAGUGUGGCAAAGCCUUUCGUAUAAAGUCAACCCUUUUAAGUCAUCAGACAGUUCAUACUGGUGAGAAACCUUACAAAUGUGAUGAGUGUGGAAAAGUCUUCGGUCAAAAACCACAUCUUCGCCUUCAUUGGAGAAUUCAUACUGGAGAGAGACCUUAUAGAUGUAAUGAGUGUGGCAAGUUCUUCAGUCGAAAUUCACACCUUACAAGUCAUCGGAGAAUACAUAUAGAGAAACCUUUCAAAUGUUUCGAGUGUGGAAAAUCGUUCACUCAGGUCUCAGCACUCACUAAACAUCAGAAAAUCCAUACCAGAGAGAAACUUAUGUGAAUGUGGUAUAUGGUAGAAGUCUUCAAAAUUCAAAGUUCAAACUUCACACCCUACUGUUGGCCAGAGAAUUCAUACUACUGAGAAACCAUACAAAUAUCAUGAGUGUGGCAACAUCUUAGGCUUCAUGGGAAAAUUCAUACUGGAUAGAAGCCAGAUAUAUAUGUGUUUAUUAGUCAGGUCUUUAGAAAAUGAAUUCAUUCUAGAAAGAUUCCUCACCAGUUUCACAAAUGUGAGAGAAAAAAAAACCCUAUCCUCACAGCUCACAUCUUGCCAGUAGUAUCAGAGUAUUUAUCCUGUAGAAAACACACAGCAAUGUAAUGUGUGUGGCAAGGAUCUUACCCAGAAGUCACAAGAUAGGAACAUAAUGGAGCCAUACUUCCCAGACUCAGUGGUUGUGGCAAAUCCUUUACCUUUUUCACUUUAUGUAUUCUCUGAUGACUUUAGUUCAGGUAGUCAGCAACUGUAAUAAGUCCAUAUUUGAAGAGAAGCUAUAGAGAUCUUUUUGUAUAAAAGAAACCCGAAUUUUAACUCCACAAAGAUGAUUCUUUGGGACAGUAAUCCAGCAUCUUUUUGGUCUCCUGGCUUUCUGAAUAAAGUCAAUAUUCCCUGCCCAACAAGUAAUCUCUCAGUUUUUUGGCCUGUUGCAUGGUGAGCUCUAAGAGCUUGGCUUUGGUAAUACAUUGAUCAAACGCAUUUGCUACAUGUGUUUCAUGAUGGUCUCUGGGAAGGAAUCAGUGAGAUGAAGGGGCCAACUUCAUUAGGUACGAUUCAUUCAGAUCCGUGUUUUCUGGAAAAAUACACAGCCUGAAUUAUGAAAUUCAGUAGUGUGUGUGAAUUAGGAACAGGGAGGGCAGAAAAUAAUGUAAACCUAAGACAUGACUCAUCAUGGUCAGUAGGAUCUGGAAGCCUUUCCAUACAUAGUCCAGCCUGUUAUAAAACAUAAUAUUCUACGAACUGUACUUGAGAAGAGUAGUCAAGAUGUUAAAAGGACUGGGCUUUUCGUAGGAGGAGAGGGACAGUGACCAGGGACCAAUGGUGUGCUAGGAACAAUGCAUAGGAAAAGGGUCAUGUUCUCCAUUGGAUAGAAAUAACUGUUGUAUGUAUGAUUAAAGAAGAGUUACUCUUAUUUAUGAAAAUUGAAGACAGAGCUGUCCCGGUCUUUGUAGACUGGGACCUGGGGACUGGAGUCAACAAGAAGAGGGACGCAGGGGACCCAAGUCUCGAGUGAGACAAGGGUGCUUUAUUUGCAGAAACGCAUGGUUAUGUAUCUUCAUACAAGGCAGCUUUAAGGCAGUAAAAAAAUUGAGCAGAAACAAAGCCAAGCAAAUAAUAAUCUUCAAAGGCCCAGAAAGCGUUCCAUAUCCUGAGUAAGAGGAGCAUAACUGAAUAGAUUACCUAUAAGUAAAAGGUCACUGAAGGGAGUCACUGAAAGGAAUCCAAGCAGGUGCCCUUUCUCAUGAUCUCAGUCCUGAGAACUGCGUGCAGCUCUGCUCUUUCCUGUUUUCCAGGAACUGAUAAGGAAUAGAGAGUCCUUGAGAAAUGGCCCACAGAAGAAGAAAAUAACAUAUUGGAUCCCUUAAAGUUGAAUGUCCCCUGACAGUUCACCCUUUUUUAUUAUUUCAUGAUUGGGGGUGACUGUUGAUACUUUUUGUGGAAAAGGCCCUGACCAAUUGAGUUUGUUUAGUUUGAACAAUUUUAGUUAAAGGCAUUGGUUUAUUACAAGUGUAAUCACCAGGAUAAUUAUCAGUGUUAAUAGUUCCAGAUGCAAUACUAUGUGUAAUGCCUUGAAACCAUCUUCGAGCGUCUAGCCCAGAUAAUUGAGCAGCGAGCUGUUCAGCUAAGGUUUCCAAAUUGUUGGAAGAGGGUAGACUCUGAGAGAAGGUUUCAAGGAUUUCCUUUUGCAGCAAUUGUACAUGUCAGGAAGCAUUGUCAUGUAUAUCUUACAAAUGAAAUUUGAUUUGUUCCGAAUUGUAAGCACUAUGGUUGAACCGAAGAGGAGUGAUACAAAAUUGAGUAGAAUUCCAAUCAAUUUAAUAAUGCUUGUUUUUGUGAAUCUAUUAAUUGAUCUCCAGCCCAUUGGAUGGCUGUUUUUAAUUCCUGAAUUUUUUCUUGAAGUUUUUCGUCUAUCUGAACCUGAGUGACUCAUAUAGUAUGAGCAUCUUUAGUCCAAUUUUGAAUAAAGUUUUGUGUUUGAUUUGAAGUUUGUAAAGCAAUGUCUGUGACAGCAGCAGUGAUGCCAAUGGCUAUCAACCCCAAAAUGCCAAGAAUGAACCAUCUCGUUGCAGUAAUUUAGUGAGUAACUGGGAGGCAGGUCUUGCCAUUGGACCCUCUUUCCAGGGCUAUUGGCGAUCUCCUGGCAACCACAGACUACAUCAAGAUCAAAGAAUCAAAAGGGAUUUUUUAGAGAAAUAGAGAAAUUAAGACAAGCAUACAAUUUGCAGUCUAUAUAAGCCUCAGAACAUAAAGUCUUAUUAAAUUUUAAGUUUCCUAUGGCUAUAACAAAAGGAAGGGGAACACAAGCUUGUAUAAAAUAUGAAUGAUUAUAAUGGAAGGAAUAGUUACUAUGACUAUGACUGGUCCCUGUGAAAUAUCCAGUCCAAGUUCCACAUUUUUCAGUGUUUGUAGCAAGUUUCCAGAUGUCCCAUUGUUGAGGCCCAAUUCGUUUAGUGAGGCUGUUUUGUGGGCGAGGAGGUGCCAUUCUGCUGUAAAGCCAGCCAAGGAGUCCUUUGUCGUGGAAGUGUUCCAUUGAACUGUUGGUAAUCUUCCAUGUUAGUUUAGUAACAUAAUCACACAUAGUACUGUUAAUAUCAUCUGAGCACAAUGUAUGACAAAACCCACUGAAAUGUUGUGAAGUAAUUAGCCUCCAACUAAAAAAAAAAAAAAGAGAUUAAAAAAAAAGAUAUCAUCUGAGCAGUUAGAUAGCCACAUACCAUAGGGUCCCCAAUCAACAAUGGUGUAACUGGCCACAAACAUUAAUUUCCAUGCUUUAGCUUGACAUGUAUCUCAAUAAACAGGAGGAUAUUUGAAAUCCUUAUAAGGCAAUCCCUUCCAAUUUGUCCUUUUCCUAGAGUUUUGGUAGUAUUGACAUGGUUCUCAUAAGAGGAUAGGGCAGUAAACAGUCUAAACAAUGUAUGGAAGUUCUUUUUUCGAGGCAGGAUGAAAGCCCUCGUUUGUCGACUAACAUUAAUACAUAAUUCUGCUGGGCCCAUUCAUGAAGGAAGGACUUGAUAGCCUAGAGAAAUGUUAAUUAAUCUUCCUUCUUCCUCAGUCUGAGAGCGCCCCUCCAAACUCCAAGGAGGAGGCGUAUGUACUGAGUCUUUAGUGGAUACAACCGGUCCUAUAUCUGUCUGUUCUACAACCUGCAAUAAAGGGGGAUUAGGUAUAUAAGCCCAAUAAGUGUGAUUAAUCAAGUCAGCCUGAACGGGGGAAGCAAAAGCAAGCAUAGCGACAAAAAUAUUUUCUGGAUUCCGAGGCAUUCCCUGUUGAGAAACCAGAUUUUCAGCUUGAUUAAUAAGGGUUUUUAUCUGUCCCCAAGUGGGGAGGUCAUAAGUUCAAUUACCUCAAAUGCAGCAUUUGUUGGAAAUUUAUAAAGUUGCCAUGGCUUCUACUGGAAACUCCUUCUGGUGAUUUUGCUGUUUCUUCUCUAUCUUGAAUGCCGGUGGCUUCCCUGGGGCAGAUCUUCCGAAGAGGGAGCCAGCUGAUUUCUUUGGGUCCAUCUGGAGAAAUACAAGCAUACCCCUUUCCUUGUAAUAUUAAUUUUCCAGAUUCCCAUUGUUGAGUCAACCCGCCUUGAUACCAGAUGGGCAGAGGAAGGGAGGUAUCCUUCAAUGCCUCAAAAUCUUUUUCUGCUUUUAUCAAAAUAUCCCCUUGUGGUAAGUUUAAAAAAUUUAAAACAAAUAAAGCUGUAUUAACAAUAGUUGUAGGAUUAAAGAAUAUAUUAUGUUGCACCUAGAUGCCCAUCAUUGGAUGAAUGGAUAAGGAAGCUGUGGUACAUAUACACCAUGGAAUAUUACUCAGCCGUUAAAAAGAAUUCAUUUGAAUCAGUCCUAAUGAGAUGGAUGAAACUGGAGCCCAUUAUACAGAGUGAAGUAAGCCAGAAAGAUAAAAGAACAUUACAGCAUACUAACACAUAUAUAUGGAAUCUAAAAAGAUGGUAACGAUAAUCCUAUAUGCAAAACAGAAAAAGAGACACAGAAAUACAGAACAGACUUUUGAACUCUGUGGCAGAAGGUGAGGGUGGGAUGUUUCAAAAGAACAGCAUGUAUACUAUCUAUGGUGAAACAGAUCACCAGCCCAGGUGGGAUGCAUGAGACAAGUGCUCUGGCCUGGUGCACUGGGAAGACCCAGAGGAACCAGGUGGAGAGGGAGGUGGGAGGGGGGAUUGGGAUGGGGAAUACGUGUAAAUCUGUGGCUGAUUCAUAUCAAUGUAUG